CAUUUUCUGGUCAUGACCUUACUUACACUUUUGUCACCUUUGUUACUCCUAUAAGAACACUAAAACUCUUCUUUCGAUUUACUCAAGACAAUCAUAUAUAUCAUUAUGGCUUGUCAAGCAACAUCCAUUCAUGGAGAUAAACUGCGUAAAGGGCCUUGGCUAGAAGAAGAAGAUGAGCAAUUAGUAACUUUUGUUACUCUUUUUGGAGAACGAAAAUGGGAUUUCAUUGCCACUGCUUCUGGUCUAAAGAGAAGUGGCAAGAGUUGCAGGCUGCGGUGGCUGAACUACCUCAGGCCAAAUCUUAAGCGUGGUCACAUAAGUGCUGAAGAAGAACAGAUUAUUAUUCAACUUCACGAGUUAUGGGGCAACAAGUGGGCAAAGAUUGCUCGAAAGCUGCCAGGAAGAACUGAUAAUGAGAUCAAGAACUAUUGGAGAACUCAUUUAAGAAAGAAAAUACAAGCACAAGAAGGAAAUUUUUGCAAAGAAAACAAUGCUAAACAGGAUUUUUUGUAUCAGAAAGGCGAUACAAGUUCUUGGAAUUGUAAUAUGGAAGAAUAUAAAUCUGUUGCAGAUAAUAUAGGAACUCAAGAAUCAUUGGAUCAGUAUUAUGAAUUAUCAAGUUUGACCUACUUGAGUUCACCAUAUGAAACCAGAUUAUAUGAUUGGAUGUCAGAAUUUUCCGGCGAUCAUGAUCAAAGUGAAAUGAAAAUUCAUGGAGAUUGCAGUGGUUUUUGUUCUUGUUUCUGUUAUCUGCAAUGGAAGGCUGAAGAUGGUACUGACAAUAGCAUAUUAGAUUCCUUAGGCUCUCUUUGGGAUAUGAAUUGAAGUUUUUUUACUCUUCAAAUUAACUGAAGGACAAUAACUUCGAAUUGUAAAAUAGUUAUGUUGUUAAAUAUUUCCAAUAUAAAUCCCAAAAUUGUUAAGUUUCAAGUUCCA